GAACCUGGUUUCCCGGCCGGGCGCCCGAGGGGAGCGUAUUGAGCGAGGCACGGGGACGUCGGCGGUUGGCGGAGCCGGGCGGGCGAAGCUGGAUCGGCGGUGGCGGCGGCGUAGGGAGGCCGGGGCCGGGGCUGAGGCCGCGGCCGGGUCUGCGAGGCCCUUGGGGCGGCAGGCGGCGGCGGCCCGGGGCUCGAGCCCGGAGGCAGGAGCAGCCGCCAUGGCCGAGAGCAUCAUAAUUCGUGUCCAGUCCCCAGAUGGAGUGAAGCGGAUCACAGCAACAAAGAGAGAAACAGCAGCAACAUUUUUGAAAAAGGUUGCAAAGGAGUUUGGCUUCCAAAAUAAUGGCUUCUCGGUUUACAUCAAUAGAAACAAGACCGGAGAGAUAACAGCCUCCUCCAACAAAUCCCUCAACUUGCUAAAAAUCAAGCAUGGCGAUUUGUUGUUCCUGUUUCCCUCGAGCCUUGCUGGGCCCUCAUCUGAAAUGGAGACGUCAGCUCCACCGGGCUUCAAGGUCUUUGGCGCUCCCAGCGUGGUGGAGGAUGAGAUUGAUCAGUACCUCAGCAAACAGGACGGGAAGAUUUACAGAAGCCGAGACCCACAGCUAUGCCGCCACGGCCCUUUGGGGAAAUGCGUGCACUGCGUCCCUCUAGAGCCGUUCGAUGAGGACUAUCUAAACCAUCUCGAGCCUCCCGUGAAGCACAUGUCCUUCCACGCCUACAUCCGGAAGCUGACUGGAGGGGCUGACAAGGGGAAAUUUGUUGCCCUGGAGAACAUCAGCUGCAAGAUUAAGUCAGGGUGCGAGGGGCACCUCCCGUGGCCGAACGGCAUCUGUACUAAGUGCCAGCCGAGCGCCAUCACGCUGAACAGACAGAAGUACAGGCAUGUGGACAAUAUCAUGUUUGAGAAUCAUACCGUCGCUGACCGCUUUCUUGACUUCUGGAGAAAGACAGGGAACCAGCAUUUCGGGUACUUAUAUGGACGGUACACGGAGCACAAAGACAUUCCCCUUGGCAUCAGGGCUGAAGUGGCUGCGAUUUAUGAGCCACCUCAGAUUGGUACACAGAACAGCUUGGAGCUUCUUGAGGAUCCAAAAGCUGAAGUGGUCGAUGAAAUUGCUGCCAAACUUGGCCUGCGGAAGGUUGGCUGGAUAUUUACAGACCUCGUCUCAGAAGAUACCCGAAAGGGUACAGUCCGCUACAGUCGAAAUAAGGACACCUAUUUCCUAAGUUCAGAAGAGUGCAUCACUGCAGGAGACUUCCAGAACAAGCAUCCCAACAUGUGCCGGCUCUCGCCAGAUGGACAUUUUGGAUCCAAGUUUGUUACUGCAGUAGCUACAGGUGGUCCUGACAACCAAGUCCACUUUGAAGGGUACCAGGUGUCCAAUCAGUGUAUGGCACUGGUCCGUGAUGAGUGUUUGCUGCCGUGCAAGGACGCCCCGGAGCUUGGCUACGCCAAGGAGUCUAGCAGUGAGCAGUACGUGCCUGAUGUGUUUUAUAAGGACGUAGACAAGUUUGGCAACGAGAUCACCCAGCUGGCCCGGCCCCUGCCUGUGGAGUAUCUCAUCAUAGACAUCACAACAACUUUCCCCAAGGAUCCAGUUUACACUUUUUCUAUUUCGCAAAAUCCAUUUCCUAUUGAAAACCGGGAUGUAUUGGGUGAGACACAGGACUUCCAUAGCUUGGCCACCUAUUUGUCCCAGAAUACCUCAUCUGUGUUCUUGGAUACCAUCUCAGAUUUCCACCUCUUGCUGUUCCUGGUCACCAAUGAAGUUAUGCCUCUGCAGGAUAGCAUCAGCUUGUUGCUGGAGGCUGUGCGGACCAGAAACGAGGAGCUCGCCCAGACAUGGAAGAGGUCUGAGCAGUGGGCCACCAUCGAGCAGCUGUGCAGCACAGUUGGCAUGCAGCUCCCAGGUCUCCAUGAAUACGGCGCCAUCGGCUCCACACACACGGCCACUGCAGCCAUGUGGGCCUGUCAGCACUGCACGUUCAUGAACCAGCCAGGCACAGGCCACUGCGAGAUGUGUAGCCUUCCCAGGACCUAGGGCGCCUGCCCUCUGCUGGCUAGGACCGGGCCCAGCCCAGCCCUUCCUGAAGCCAGAAGCGUUGCUGAGUGUGUUCCCUGUAACUGCCCCACAGUGGGCAGCCCUGGAGGGACAAGGGGCUGGCUGUCCUGGGCUCCCUGACCCACUGAAGCUUCUCAGCACGUUCCUCCCUGGAGAGUGGGCACCACGGCUGGUAUUCUGCAGGCUGAAUGCAGUCUCCAGACUGGAAAUGCAGAGCGGCUCCUCACGCCUAAUCCUGUUGACAAGCCCCCCACUGUGUUGGAAGGACCUCUCACCUCUACACGGCACCUGGAAUUGGGGAGCAUAGGGAGGGGCUGAUGCUGCCACCACCCAGCCUUUUCCUUUCAAUGCUUUUUGUUUGGCCUCCCUGCCCCCCACGUUUUUCUGGCUGGGAGCUCUUGGUUGCCCCCUUGUCUGACUGCUUGGUGGCAGACACCCUGCCUGUGAGGGCCACUUUCCUCUUCCGGUAGCUGUUGUCUGCUGGGGACGCAGUGGCCCUGGACACAGCUCCCCUCUGCAGGUCUUCAGGUCGGUUUGCUGCCCACCCUCCUCCUCUCACCCGACGUCCAGGUGGGAUUUUAAAGUCUGCAUUGGUUAUAAUAACAGUUAUCAGUAAUUCCUGCCCAGAAGACUUUUAUUUAUUUUUUUUUAAGAUAAAAACUGCACAAAAGGGGAGUGAGAGAGACUAGUUUCCACAUCCUUCCCUCCUUUAGUGAAGCCCCCGAGGUUGUGUCCAGGGUGAUCAGUGUGGACGGGGGCACCAGUCAGUUCUCCCUUGAAGUAAACCUCAGUGCCUGAGACUUUUCUACCAAGCCACACAGCUGCAGCAACUGCAGAUACUGCGGGCUGAGCAGGAGCAGUGGUGGCGUCUGCCCUGAGGCUGCCCUGCGAUGGCCUGGAUGGGAGAGCUGGGUCGCCGGUGCCGAUGCUCUGGCCCUCCCUAAUACGCUGCUUCGUCCCACUGCACCACCUGGCUGAGGGCGUUAGGGGCUGUGCCUCUUGUGAGGGCCAUUUGGGACCUCUCUGGGGCACUGCACAGUUGAUAGUGUACCAAUAGAGGGCGCCUGGGCGAUCUGGAACGGCACCUGGUGGGAUCCUGCGUGUGUGCUCUGUGGGCUCUGUGUUCCUCUGUGGCGUGGCUGGGCCGGGGCAUGGCUCUUACCCGGGGAGUGGUGGGCAUCUUGAUGCUUCUUUGCCUUAAUGAUGGCCACAUCUGGGCUGCUCUGCACCCAUGGGAGAGGCUGGCCCAGCUACAGACUGCCUAGGGACUUCUGUGUCCAUCCUGGGGGGUAAGCCCAUGUGACCCUCCCACAUUCUUGGCACUAUGAACAGACAACACUUGCCUGUUGGCUUCUCAAGUGGUCAGGGCUGUGGCUGGCACCUCCAGGUCCAUCUGGCAUGGGACACCAAGUGGAAGGCCCAGGCAGCUCAUCUGCUCUUGGGACCAGGGGCCAGUUGGGUUGGGUCUGGUCACGGUAGAGCUGUUGUGGAGGGUCAGGAAGGGUGGAGAGGAGCUGGGUUGAAGCGGACUGCUGGGGGUGCAACUCCCAGCUUGCCCACCACGGGCCGUCUGCUCUCCCUCCUAGCAGCUGUCACGCUGACGUUUUGUCCUCUGCUGUCUGGUCCCGAGAUCAGCUGUGAGCCUAGGUGGCCACGGCUUCCUGCAUUGCUUCCCUGUGAGUCCAAGGCCUUCCCCACCACUGGGCAGGGGCUGGACAGCACGGACUUCUAGAGACAGCUGCGUUGCCAGUUCCUCUCCCACUCGCUCAUCCUUAUCCACCACGCUAUUACAGUUUCCGUUGUCCUCCACCAGCAUUUCCCUUACUCUGAAGUUCCGGCAUUCACAUCAUUCAUGUUUUCUUUUGUCUUUUAGCUAAAGGAAAAGCAUUGGCCAUUUGUCUGCUUCUGGUUUUGAGUUACUCUUUGUUCAGUAAUGCACUUUAUUUUAUUGUCCAAAGAGAGUCAGAGCUAAGCAUACAGGCUUGGGGGUGAGCCCUGCUGUGAGAGCUCAGGCCCUGGGAGGCUCAGCCACCUCCUCUUGUGGGAGGGAGGUCUCAGCCCCACCUUGCAUCUUCACCUGCCCUUGGUGUGGACACACCCUCUCAUGCUACCAGCACCAUAACCCAGUGGGGGUGACUGGGUACACACCUGCCCAGGUGAACACAGCGGCUGCCAGUCUCCUGGCCCAGAGAGGAGGUGGGGCCUGUCCCUGGCUCCCUCCAACCAGCUGCUCCUGGGACACAGGUGCUCCUGCUUCGGCUCUGUUUCGGCUCACAGGUGUGCAUCACUGGGCUUGGAUUCGCAUUACAUUGACCCCAGCCCUGCAGUGGAACCUAAUAAAAGCGCCUGAAGCAA